GCCAAUGAAGUUUAUGAUUUUAUAAUCGUUGGAGCUGGAACCGCCGGAUGUGUAUUAGCAAGAGAACUCAUUUACAACGUUCCCAAUGUUAAUAUUUUGCUAUUGGAAGCUGGUCCACCAAAUGUUCAAGUUAAUGAUAUAAUGCGUUUACCUUGUACUUUUGCUUCGGUUUAUCGAUCAAGUGAAGUAGAUUGGGGAUAUCAUACAGAAGAUCAAAAAAUGCCGAGCUCGAUCGAUCCUACCAAAGAAGUAUUAAAUAAAGGAUCCUCCUAUCCGCGUGGUAAGGUCAUUGGAGGUUGUAGUACUGUGAAUGCAAUGAUUUAUAUGCGAGGCCAAAAAGCCGAUUACGAUAGUUGGGCGGCCCAAGGUCCUGAGUAUUCAAUUUGGGAUUAUGAUCAUUGUCUUGAAGCUUUCAAAGCAACCGAAAACAAUUCGCAUGAAAAUCCUGACGAAGAAUUUAAAAAAUAUCAUGGAUUUAAUGGUCUACUCCAUGUACAAGAUAGUUUUGAUAAGCCUUAUGAUAUUAUAAAGGAUUUCAUUGAAGUUACAAAAAGUCUUGGCGUUCCUUAUAAUAACGAUUUCAAUGGUGUUAGACAAAAUGGAAUCGGAAAAUAUCAGUCUACGUUGAAAGAUGGAAAGCGCUUUUCGUUGGCUGACGGUUAUUUGACAGAUGCAAUGAAAAAGGUUGAAAUUUGUCCAUUAGGUGAAGGCAUUGCAAAGGUCGUCGCCGUAAAUGUCAAAUCUUUCGCCCACAUGUUGAAUAUUAUUUGGGAUGACGAAAAGAAUGAUGAAAAUGUAGCAAUUGGCGUUAAAUAUUUCUGUAAUGGUAGGGUUAAUAACGCUUUUAUUGCUCCAAAAGGAGAAGUGAUUCUUUGCGGUGGGGGUAUUAAUAGUGCUCAG